CAUACACCAUUGUCUAAGUUGGAGGAAGGACACCGGGGUUACACGAUCAAAGCCCGAGUUACGAGAAUCUGGAAUUCUACAAAUCCAACAUUACAAGACCAACUGAUGAGUAUCGAUUUUCUAUUGGUUGAUGACGAGGGUAUGACUAUACAAGGAUCGAUUAGACAGGAGGAUGCACAUCAUAUGAAAGAAUUACUUAUAGAAGGGAAGAUUUAUACACUCACAAACUUCAUUGUUGGUGCUGCAAAAAAGAGUUACAGAGUUUCAAACCAUAAAAAUAUUGUUCGUGUCGGCACAUGGACAAUAAUCAGAGAAGUAUAUGAACCAGGAACAACUAUUCCAAUGAAUUAUUUCCACUUCGUCGACGACAAUAUCUUAGAAUCGAGGUUAUAUAAUGAUGUGCAACUUACUGAUGUCAUGGGUUUUUUUGAUCUCUGUUGGUCAGAUGACAAACACUCUGGCAAAUGGAAGAAUGGUGCCCAAAAAGAACUUAAUCAUUCAAACCACCAGAAACAAAACAAUACCUAUCACAUUGUGGGGUGCUGUGGCAGAGGCCUUUCAUGAAGAAGAUGCAUUAGAACUAGCUACAGAAGAUACUGUCAUAAUCAUUCUUUCUUCAAUGACUGUAAAGGCAUUUAGAGCUGAUACAACACUCUCAAGCACAUCAGCAACAAAGAUAUACCUCAAUAUGAAAAUAGAAGAAGUUGACAUUUUCCGCAAGAGUUUCCAAUGCACACAAAAACUCAGUUUUGUCAAUCAAUCACUCAACUCAAUGCUGGAUAUAACAACUAAUAGAGAGGCGAAGAACAAUACUGUUUCAGAGUUGUUGUCUCUCGAUAGAACUGCUGACAAAGGGAAAAUUUAUUUAUGCGUGGCCACCAUAGCAAAGAUAGAUGCAUCUAAAGGAUGGUGGUACAAUGCAUGUCCUAAAUGCAAGGUAAGUGUAGUUAACAAUAACGAAAUGAUGCUGUGUAGAAAGUGCGGAAAAUCAGGAGGACAACCAAUGCCAUGGUAA